AUGGAAAUGGGCCUGCAGCGGCGGCGCGCCCCGGUGAGACCCCCCCGGAUCCAAUCUUCUCGGCAGCUGUGUGCAGCUUUGACCUGCUGGGCAGGUGCAAGGGCCACAGCGUUUCAAGGCGCACCCAGCUCUUCCACCUCCAGCCGCCGCACGGCUUCGCUUGGCGCAGCUGUGGGAUUGACGACUGGCCCAGCUCUGUCGCGGGCGCGUGUUCCCGGCCCGGUGGUCGGCUUUGGCACCUCCGGCAUCAAGGAGGCAUCGCUACUUGCUUUGGCCUUGCGCCUGGGUUACCGGCUCGUAGACACAGCGGCCUUUUAUGGGAACGAGGAGGAAGUUGGCUCAGCGCUGCGCGAGACCCGCAUGGCA